CUCGACGGAUCAAACCCCGUCCGUUCGACCAUCCAUCCGUCGUCUGUCCAUCUGUACUCGUUGGCACCACAGCGAGCGAGCGAGCGAGCAUAUCCUCCCCGAGGUAUCUCGAACUCUCGGUAAUCGUUAGAUCAUCCAAACUCGCACCGUAAGAAGACUGAUUCCACCAAUGAGGAUGAACGUAGCAGCGAGCCUGGUUCUCUUGCAAACGACGUUCCUGCUGGCAGGUUCCCAGUACCUGAACAACCCGUUCGCCGGUCAGAGGCCCGUAUCAGCGAGCAGACAACCGCAGCAGCCACAGCCAGCCGUAGCCGGGCCGGGACAAUUGUUUGGCAGCAAGCGCGCCUCGACAGUAGCCGAGCCUACCUGCGAGGAGCUGCGGGCCAUGUGGCGCUACAGCAAGCGCCAGUCCCGCGCUGCCGAGAGCACCAACGAGCUCCCCGUGUACCGGGACCCUUUCUCCUACAACGUCUGGGAGGCCUACCCCAGCCGAUCGCCGUCUUACUCUGAGGAUUACGUAGCGCGCAGUCGUUCGAGCGGGGCACCGAUAUACGGGAAAAUCAUGCACAAAAUGCCGGCUGGCAGUAGGCCCCGCAACGGGAACGACAGAUCCAAGGCGUUCGAGAACUUCAUCAAGGUCUACGGCUACGUCAACCGGCACCCGCCUCGGAACCGGCAGACCUACCGAGUCGGCGGUGGUGGCUCCGUGACACCCCAAGCGGGUAGCUUCCAGCACCUCAAGGAACUCAUCACCAACGAGAGGGCCCACGAGUUACAAGAGCAGCGCCAAGCCGAGGAGAUGGCGGCACGCGCGGCCGUGCUCAAGGAGAUGACGUCCGGUGAGCACAGGCGCGAGCCCCUCAACCCCAACUACCUGGACUCGCUCCAGGGAUCCUACCAGGACCCAAACAGUUACGAUUUUGCUCAGUACACCGCCGACGGACCCGAGUUCGGACAAUCGUUAACGAAAUCCGAUCGCUACGGGCGUGAGUACGCGCUACGUUAGACAAUAACGAAAGAAUAAAGAUGACGUGGAGAAGAAGAAGAAGAAGAAGAGAAGGAGGGCAAGAAGCGCUGUACAUUUGUGUGUUUUCUCUUGCGUUUGUCCAACACGUUGAAUGAACGCAUCGUCACCACCACCGUCAUUAGGCGUUAGAUCUACACUGCUGCUAUACGACUCUUUUUUUCUGGGCGCAUACAUGUAGGCGUGCACGAGGUCUGGGACGCAAAAAAACGUUGACCGAGGUUUUCCUCCUCGCGCGGGGACAAAUUCUUUUGUUUCUUUUGUUACCCGGAGGAAUCGCUCACUCAUGCGUUACACCAACUCGCUGGGGGAGGGGGGGAUAUGAAAUAAACCGAGCAAGCUGAUGGUUACCAUAUGGAGCGGUGUAUCUUGCAUCUUGAAUCAUUGGUUUCAAAGUCAAACGUGUAAUUUACAUGGGUGUGGCUCUUGCGAUGGGGAAAUACAUACACUGUACGGGGACUAUUCACUUUUCUCCGCACUACGUCUUUUACGCAUGUUGUCUCCGUGUUGCUAUGUCUGCGGCUGUAGUUCUCGUCCAUCGAAUCAUUUGAACAUGUAUAUACAUCUAUCUAUACCUUCCCACUCGAGCAUAUCAAGCUUUACUCUUGUAUCUCUUUACUGUGUGGUAUGUUUAUGUAAGUGUACACGUAUAUUAUACCCGUUACGUGAGGAUACUGUGUUAACGCACUUUGAGCUUUCCGUUACGUCGAGUUGAGUGUGAACGAAAAUUGUGUAAACUUGCUUCCUUUUGCGAGUCCUUUGUCAUAUUAUUGAUGAAGGAAAAAGGAGAUGGGAAAUUUUUUUUUUUUUAGUGUACCACUGUGUUGGAAAAAUAUGUGUUUCGUUGGUUUCGAACGUCUUUGUUGUUUCCGUGUUUUUACACGUAAUAGGCGCGACUCGAAAAAUCAUGCUGGGUAAUAUAAAGUAUAAAUGUCUUUUAAGAUAACUUUCAACUGCUUAUUGCGAUUCCUUGUAUACAUAUCUUUGAUCCGUAACGUUGCAUAUCAGAGUAGAGACACAUCAAGGUAUGAUUUGACAACUUUAGUCAUUAAAUUGUAGACAAUAAUAAAGUAAUAUUUUAGAUUGGAUAUACACAUGAUUAAAUUAAAGACAAUAAAAUUUUUAUCAAGUAUUGGUUCAUUGAUGGCAGUAAGAACAAAAAAAAAGAAUU